AUGUUCGAGUUACUUCGCUAUGUAUGCGAACUCAUAUUUGGUUCAUCGUUAGCCUUAUCGCGUGAGAGUUUCGAAUAUCUUUCCGUACACCUUCAUAAUAUCAUUGUUCAACUUAUACAACAAGCGUUCACAAUUGCAUUGAGAGCAAAACGAACUCAACUGCUAGGUGAUGAUCUACAGAUAGUUCUCAAGUGUCGAAAUAUUCCUCCAUUGUUUGGUUAUUGCCAUUCAUCAACUACAAAUAGAGCAUCAUCAUUCAAGAGUGUAUAUCAAGGUGCACGUACUCUCUUUUAUCAGAAUGAUACGAUCAUUAAUUUCAGUGAAAUACAGUCGAUAACAACAAACACUUUACGUGAUAAAAUACUUUUGGACGUGGAAUGGUUAGCUAUUGAAGGAGAACAAAAACUUCCACCAAUAAAACUGUCGUACUUUAAUAACUCCAUAUUAAAAGUGGAACAACAGCUUUAUCUAUCAUUUUUGCAGUCAAAAAACUUCAAUGAAGAAAUUCAAAAUGCACUAAGUAAUGAUCAAAUCGCUUUGAAUACUAUUCUUCCUCAAUUGAUCGACUGGUAUCGAAAUAAUAUCUGUGAAUGUUUAAUACAUAGUUGUCGAUUAGAAAAACGCCGACACCUUGCCUAUUAUCUAACAAUGAUCAAUUAUUUACUUCAAAAUUCGGCGACUGUCAUUGACCACUAUCUAUACAUCAUCUCACCGAUAAUUCUCACAUGUUUCUUGUAUGAAUAUGAGGUUGAUGAUCCGUCGGAUUUUAACGUCAACAACGACGAAUCAGUUAUCAAUACUGGUCAUAUCUGGUCACUUCGUAUUUUAUCUGCUCAAGCUUGCAUUAAAAUAUUACGACGUUCGAAUUUCCUUAUUUAUGACACUUUUACCGUUCGUAUUUUUUCUCGACUUAUCUAUUCAUUGACUCUUUCAAGUACACCAUCUUCUCUCAUCUAUGCUAUUCUCUAUUUAUUCGAACGAUUAGGUUGUCGUGUAUGUCGUACAUUUCUUUUACCAUAUCUGGUAGACAUAGACUCAGUAAAGGUAUUUUCUUCAAAAGCAAUACUUAGUAUACUUGAACGUAUUGCUUUAUUGACCACAAUAAAAUAA